CAAUCACAUUCAUACUCGACGUCUUUCCGUAACUGGAAUAUUUUACGGAUGUUAUCAUUUUUCUGUGAAUAAUUCUCUCGGACUAAAAUACAGAACGGCUUUCAAAUCGAGGAAAUCUGUCAUCGAUGGUAUGAAAAAUAUAUUGAGAUCAGCCGGAAAAGGAGUGGCCAAAAGAGGUAGGUAGCCGGCGCUUCGAUUGUAAACAAAACAAUCUGGCUCCGUUACGCUGGUUGUUGGCCAAGUGAAUUUCGAACGAAGUGUCGUCGUUCUAUCGGCUUAACCAAAGAUCCCUCACUCUUCGAGAGACAGAAAUUCGAUUUAGUGUUAUUACAAUGUAAUAUUGUGUAUUAUUAUAAACGCAAAAAUAUGAGCUUUGAAUUUUGAAAGUGUCAGGUUUUUAUGUGACGCUAACUUAAACCUAAAGAAUGAGUAAUAUUUACAUUCAGGAGCCGCCUACAAAUGGGAAGGUGAUUUUACACACAACAGUUGGGCCAAUCGAUAUUGAGCUUUGGUCAAAGGAGACCCCGAAAGCGUGUCGUAAUUUUGUCCAGUUGUGUCUCGAAGGCUUCUAUGAUGGAACAAUUUUUCACCGUCUUAUCAAGGGCAUGUGCGUUCAAGGAGGUGAUCCCACGGGUACCGGCGAGGGGGGACAGAGCAUCUACGGCAAACCCUUUCGGGACGAGUUUCAUUCGAGACUUCGCUUUGUCCGUCGUGGCCUUAUCGCUAUGGCCUCCGGCGGUAAAGAUGACAAUGGGUCGCAGUUUUUCUUUACACUGGCUGCGACACCGCACCUGAAUAAUAAGCAUACUAUUUUUGGAAAGGUUGCUGGCGACACACUGUACAAUAUGUUGAAGCUUGAAGACGUCGACGUCGAUGCAGACGAUAGGCCUACAUUUCCGCAAAAAAUUCGUCGAGCCGAAGUCAUCGAUAACCCUUUUCCGGAUAUUGAGCCGAGAAAAAGUAAAGAUAAAGAGGCUACAGAUCGGCUUCACGAGGACCGCAAGAGAAGCAAGGACAAAGGCAAAAAGGAUUUCAAGCUACUCUCCUUUGGUGACGAGGCCGAGGAAGAGGAAGAAGAGUUGACCGAAAUUGUCCAGAAACAGUUUCGUGGCAAAAGCAAAAGCAGCCACGAUCUGCUCAAGGACGACAAGACAUUGUCCUCCCAGCCAGCAUUUAUUCGUGAACUCGACUCGGACGACAGCUCAGAGCGAGAUUCGUCGAAAGUCAACAAGAGACAAGAAGGCUCCAAGGAGUCCGCAUCUGUGGAACGGAUUCGGGAAAAAAUUAAAGAAAAGAGUGACCGACGUCAUAACACUCGCGAGACACCUGAGCCUGAUGUAAACGUGGACAACUACUUUGAAGAAGAACGUAAACAAAGAGCUCGUAAAGAAAUUGAGAAAACUCGCAACGAGUUUAAAAAAUUGAAAAAAGAAAUGAAAGAUAAUGACCGAAAGCGAAAAGAAAAAGCGGCCGACAGGAACGCCACCGCCGACCAGAAGGAAGAAAAAGCCGCCAAGGCUAAAUUCAAAGAGACUCAAGAAGCUGCUGGCGACAACGAUCUCCUAGUAUCCUUCUUCGCUGAGCAGGCGAUGUACAGUAAAUCGACCACUGCGCGAUUGAAGAAAACCAACAAAGGCGACCGGGAAGCUGCAACUUUAGCCAAACUUGAGCUGUUUAAAGCUAAACUUCAUCAGCAAUCGACUUCAGCAACCGGAGCAAACAAACGCAAACAUGCUGAUAAUAGCAGCGAGGCUGACGAAGAUAAAAAUGCCGAUGAAGAUGACAGCAACUGGAUGCAGCACGAACUCCGUUUCGAGGAGCAGGGUCCCGUAUUGGCGAAAGAUGCGACUACCCAAAAAGAAGAUAUGUACGACAUAACAGACCCUCGACAUCCGCUCAACGCGCGCAAGCGUAAAGAGCACAGCCAUCGUCGUGAAUGUCGUGGAGGAAGAGAUUACAAAAGCGGUAGACGAUAGAGAUCGCUGCGUGUUGGAAAGCCAUGAGAAGUUAAUUUGUUGAAUAGCCCGGAACCUCUAAUGGAAAGCGAAACAGGGCAAUAGUAAUGCGAAUGUCAUAUAGAUACAAUGUGGAGUGGAUGGAGAAGUCU